AUGCUCAGAACUCUCUGUUCCAAGGAAGACCGUUUGUGCUACAGGCAUGAGUUUGGUACCCACAGCAUCACUGGAGAGGUAAUGUUCAACAUCACAACGGGGUCGGAAUUCCUCCUCCUGGGGUUCUUGGAGGUUUGGGAGCUGCAGAUGUUCCAUUCUGCAUUGUUCCUCCUGGUCUACCCGGUGGACCUGACAGAGAAUCUCUUCAUUGUCACCGUCACUGCCCGGGAUAAGUGCCUCCACAUCUCCAUGUAUUUCCUCUUCAGCAACCAGGCCCUCAUCGACCUCUGCCUCCGCUUCGUCACUGUCCCCAAGUCCGUCAUCAGCUCCCUGACUAACAACAGAUCCAUCUCUUUCCUGGGAUGUGUUUUACAAUUUUUCUCCGUUAUAUCUUUGGCAUCCACUGAAAUGAUCUUGCUCAUUGUGGUGUCCCACGACUGCUAUGUUGCCAUCUGCCCCCCCUUGUUAACUGUGAUCUGGAGGCUGGAAGUAGGAAAAGUAGGCAUUGUAGGAACCUUUCUCUGGGAAUGCCAUGGCUCUGGAACCAUGCUGAGGAUGCUGUCCUCAGAAGGCUGGACCAAAGCCUUCUCUACCUGCGUGCUCCACCACCUUAACGUGGCUUUCUUCUUCUCCAACAGUUCCUUUGCUUAUCUGAAACUGCUCUCUGACGCUUUCUCACUUCAGGACCUGCUGGUGUGUUUUCUCAUUUAUCAGACGGUGUCUCACUGA